UUGAACAAUUUCUUUGUUAACAAAUUAAUUAGGCAGCUAGAUUGGUAAGGGUAGACAACAGAUAGGGCUUAUCAAAUUUCGCUUAGCUAAUCCGGAAUCAAUUCGACAUCGUCGCGACAAGUUCGAUAAGGUAAACACAGCAAACCAAUUGAGCUAUAAACAUAAAAAGUCCAAUAAUAUAAUGGUAUAUUGCGCUAUCUAUCUAUCAUAAAGGGGAUUGGGGUUUGGCUACCUUAUCAGGCUCCAGUGUCAAUCAUUGGGCCUAUUACAAUCGAGCGAUAUAUCAAUAUACAUAAACAAAAUAUGUGUAGAAUCAAAGCGAAUGGUAUUUAAAUAACAAUAAUCGACAGAACCAGCUGCUGAAAGCAAUCCACAGUGCAGCGAACGGGGCCAGCUGCAGAGCGAGCUGAGAGCGGACGAUGAAUAAUCUACUGCAGGAUAUACAAAACAAAUACUCAUUUCUGGAUAAUCUAUUCAGUCACGUAUGGAAAUGCAUUAUUCGAUCGAAUCUAAAGCUCAAGCUCCAACUGCGAAAUAUUCAGUGGAAGAAUGCCAAAGCAAAGCCCGGCUGCGCCUACCAACCCACAGAAAUCGAACAAGUGGCAAAUGUUAUCACCCAUGGCAUUUGGAUAGUUCCCGCCGUUUUUGCCGUCAUCAAGCUCUUUGAGCGAUCCAACAGCUAUAGCCAAUAUUUAGUCUCAUGGGUCUAUGGCACCACGCUCUGUAUGCUGUUCACAGUUUCCACAUUUUUUCACUGCUCUUGCUACUGUGCCGAACAUAAACCGCCAAAAAACUACAAUGCUUGGCCCACAUUCGGCUGGCAGACGUAUCAGGGUCUAAAGAAUGUCUUGCAUCGUUGCGAUCGUGCCAUGAUCUAUGUGUUUAUUGCCGGCUCAUAUUUUCCCUGGCUGACGCUGGAGAAUACCGACCAUUCUGCUAUACUCUUCUGCAUGGAAUGGAUUAUUUGGCUAAUGGCUGCAAUUGGGAUUGCUUACCAACAACUCUACCACGAACGCUACAAAUGUCUGGAGACCUUCUUCUAUAUUGUCAUGGGCCUGGGUCCGGCGCUCGUUGUCAUGCUCACGGGACAUAAUUUCAAUGGCAUGUUGCAGUUGAAGUUCGGCGGUGCCUUCUAUAUACUGGGCAUUAUAUUCUUUAAGUCAGAUGGUCUGAUUCCCAUGGCGCACGCCAUUUGGCAUCUGUUCGUGGUGCUCGCCGCCGGCUGUCAUUAUUAUGCGAUUUUAGUAAACUUAUAUCCGAAUGACUCCAAUCAUUUACAAACUAGUAGCUAAGUUAAUGCUAGGUAUGGGCAUAGCUCACGGCUCACGGCUCCAAGGACCUUAUCGUUGAAUGUACUUAACUAACUGACCAACGGUUCCAUUAAUGGUAGAUGGUGACCCACCAAAACUCUAUUUGAUUACGUAUUUUAUUUUUGAAGUUGUUUUUUUUUUUUUUUUAAAUAUUUUUUUUGUAAUGAUAGUUUUUGAGAUAACUGAAUGUAUUCCUUCCUACCAACAACCCAUAUAAGUUACUGCUCCAAAAUUAGCCAAAUUUUGUACAAACUUUAUAGUAUUUAAUUAAUUUGUUUUUGUGUGGUAUGAGUUGAGUUUUGCAAACGGAUUUAUAUAUUGUACGAUAGCUGUAGUUCUAGAUGUAGUAAGUUAUAAAAUUUGUUAGAAUAAGGUAACGGAUUCUGAAGAUAUUCGAUAAUGAAAACGUAUCUUGUGAUCAA